AUGAAUUCAGUGCCAAAUCGUGAUUUUAUGGAGGUGCACCCGCUGCAUCAGCAUCAGCCGCAUUGCAAGCAGCAAUGCUUUGUGUUCACAGAGAUCGCGGAUAUUGAGCUGCCAGCGGAGAUAACGAAGUUCGGCGGUGGCAAUGAGAAGCUGCAUUGCGCCAAUGGUGGCAUUCCGAGCUACAAUUGCAAGAAGGACUCCUGCAGCGAGUCGUCCGCUGAGCGUCCGGGUGGUGCGCGUGGUCGCAAGAUUUUAGUGGGUAUUUGCGUGGUGCUCGUGUGCAUUGCCAUGGCCGGUGGCAUUCCUUUGGCCCUACAAUUGCGCUCCUCGUCGCUGCUGGAGGCACGCUUGGCCUUCAUUCGGCGGCUGCUGACGGAAUCGCCUCUGAUCGAGGGCUCUUGGAAGCCGCCCAGUGAUGUGAAGCUGAACAGCAGCGGCAUGGCCGACAUUAGGCAAAAUCAUAUUGGUGCUGUGCUGUGGCCCAUCGCUGUGCACUGCGGUGCCCAAUAUCUGGAUGCAGUGCAGCUGGUCCUGGAGGGCAUCGAUGAGGCGAAACGCAUCACAGCCUCCACGAAUUCCAUGCACAUUGUGGAGUCGGCCGACGAGAUGGAACAGACCCAUAUAAGAGGCGAGGUCGCUGUGCUUAUGGGCAUCGGUGGUGGCCACGCCCUGGGCACCAGCCUUGCUGUUCUACGCUCGCUUUACCUGCUGGGCGCCAGAUUCGUUUCAAUUACCAGCUUGGAGUGCACCACGCCAUGGGCUUCCGCUGCCAUCAGGAGACGGGACUAUCUAGCGGAAGAAAAUGCGACCAAUUCGCUUAAUGAAUUCGGCAAGACAAUGCUAUACGAAAUGAAUCGUCUGGGCAUGUUGGUGGAGAUAUCGCAGCUGAGCGAGGCGGCAAUGAUAAUUGCCCUGCGCACCGCCAAGGCACCUGUUCUCCUAAUGAAUGCUAGCCCACUCUCCAUGUGCAAUGGCACCAAUGUGGCUUCUAUACCAGACCAUGUGCUCAGCCUGCUGCCCGAAAAUGGGGGAGUCAUUCUGCUGAACUUGGAGCGCUGUGGAGAUCGACCAAUUAAUGUAAGGGAGGCCAUAAUUGCCAUAAACUAUGUACGCAAGGUGGCUGGUGUGGACCAUAUUGGUCUGGGUGGUGCUCCCAAGAGCUAUGCCCUGCUGCUGGCCGAGCUGGCUCGCGAUCGCGUCUGGGGCAAUGCGGCGAUCAAGAAACUGGUGGGCGGAAACGUUAUGAGAAUUCUGCGCGAAAUCGAAGCGCUCAAGAAUCGUUUGCCUCUAUUUGAGGAAUGGAUACCCAGCGAAUCUAUCGAAAGCAAUUCAUAUUGCCGCUAUCCAGAGACAUAAGUAUUUAAUUGUUUAAUAUGUUUAAUGUGUUUUAAUUGUAUACUUUAUGACUUCGGGCGAUCGAAUAAUAUCAGCGAGUCUCUGCUAAA